UUAUCGAAUACAGUAAACCAAAGUUCAGCAAAGUCUUCUGUAUUAACGAGCGAUUUUAGGAUACAGCGUUAGAUUGCAGUGCAAACAUAAAGACAUGAGCUCAAAAACACUGACAGUGCCAUUUCGUUUGCUGCGUUAUGGCUUACACAAACAUCGACGUGUUUUCCACAUGGAUCCAGUGCGGCUGUACUAUGAGACUGCGCACGCGACUGCAGGAUCAGAUUUGAGAACCGUGGACCUCCGCAGCGACACCGUCACGAAACCCGGAGCCGCCAUGCGCCGAGCCAUGGCUGAGGCAGAGGUCGGGGACGAUGUGUUUGGAGAAGACCCUGCGGUUAAUGAACUUCAAAAAAUAGCUGCUGAUAUGUUUGCAAUGGAGGCGGCUUUAUUUGUCCCUACAGGAACAAUGAGUAAUCUUAUUGCGGUUAUGGUGCACUGCAGAGAGCGGGGAGAUGAAAUGAUAGUAGGUGAUCUCUCUCAUAUUCAUAUCUAUGAGCAGGGAGGAAGUGCACAGCUUGCAGGCGUUCAUUCGACAACAGUAACUACACUUGCUGACGGCACCUUCGACCUAGACCAGCUGAUUUCCAAGAUCCGUCAUGGUUACCCUGAUCCACACUACCCACGCUCUCGCCUGGUGUGUGUGGAAAACACGCACAAUAUUCAGGGAGGGCGAGUCCUCCCACUUUCCUUCCUGCAGGAGCUUCGCUCUUUGGCUGAUCAGUAUGGUCUGGCUGUGCAUAUGGAUGGAGCAAGGGUGAUGAAUGCAGCUGUAGCUCAGGGUGUCCAUCCCUCUGUUAUAUUGCAACACUGUCACUCCGUCAGUGUGUGUCUGUCUAAGGGACUGGGGGCUCCUGUGGGCACCAUGCUUGCUGGGUCAAAAGAUUUCAUAAAGAGAGCAACACGUGCCCGCAAGGUGCUUGGUGGCGGAAUGCGGCAGGCGGGCAUCUUGGCAGCAGCUGGUAAGAUUGCCCUGUCGGACAUGAUUGGCAGACUGGAGGAGGACCACAGGAAGGCCAAAGACUUUGCUCAAGCACUGCUACAGAUUGACCCGACUCUGUAUCAUGUGGAUCUGGCCACUGUAGAAACCAACAUUCUGAGGUUCUGUCUGCUGGAACACCCGAUGAGCCCAAGAGAGUUCUGUGAGCGGAUGGCAGGCGUAGAUGAGGAGGAGGUGAAGGCUCUGGGACAGGGGGUCCGGGUGCUGAUGUUCCCUCAUGUUGGGGGCACGGUCAGGGCUGUAUGGCAUUUGGGCAUCAGUGAGGAAUGCACACAGCUGGCUAUACAGAAGGCUCAGUUUGUAGCCCAACAGCACAGAUUCAAGUCCAUAAAGGCAACAUAAAAACAACAAUAUUUGACCACAGUGGUUGCGCACCAGUUUUGUGCUCAGGUACUACUUGAACAGCCCAUGAAAUCAGAAUUGGAGUUUUGUGGCUUUUAGUCCAUGUUGGUUAGUUUUGAGGUCAUCUGCUAUAAUAAUAGUGCAGUCUGAAUUUGACAAAUGUAUCUUUUAGCAGACUUUCUCUUUUUUUUUUAUAACAGACCAAAAAUAUUGAUGACAGAUCUUGUGCUCAUGGGUGUAUACAAGAUAUUGUCCUAUUUAACGCUCUUUAGAAUUAAAAUAUUUCUUUGCCAUUGACUAGUCUAGACUUUGACUAGCGAAGUCAAGUAACAAAACAAGUUUACGGCCAUGACAUAAAAUAAAGGCUACUGGCUAUUUCCAACUUUGUUUAAAUUGGAAAUACAUCAACACAGGAAGAAAAUGCAUUUUUAAAGGGUUAGUUCACCCAAAAAUGGAAAUGAUCCCAUCCUAUGUGUAUAUGACUUUCUUCUUUCAGCCAAAUAUAAUCGUAGUUAUAUUAAAAAAUAUCCUGGCUCUUCCAAACUUUAUAA